AACUCGGUAUAUUCAAUAAUCCAAGAAGCGGUUUAUGCGCUGGACGGCUCACAGCCCAACGAGGAGAAACUGCAGGCUGUGCCGUUUUACAGAACCAGGAGGGGGGUUGUUUCUCACUAAGAGCCAUUGACAGCUCGACUGACCCGCAGCGAUGAGCUUCUUCGGUUUUGGUCAAAGUGCGGACAUCGACAUAGUUCUUAAUGACGCCGAAACGAGAAAGAAAGCUGAGCAUAAAAGCGAAGACGGCAGGAAGGACAAGUAUUUUCUCUUCUACGACGGGGAGACGGUGUCGGGGAAAGUCAACGUGACGCUCAAGUACCCGGGGAAGAGGUUCGAGCACAGCGGCCUCAAGGUGGAGUUUAUCGGGCAGAUAGAGCUGUACUACGACCGAGGAAACCACCAUGAGUUUGUGUCCCUCGUGAAGGACUUGGCUCGGCCGGGGGAGCUCACACAGUCCCAAACGUUUGAUUUUGAGUUCACGCAUGUGGAGAAACCCUACGAGUCUUACACCGGCCAGAACGUCAAACUACGCUACUUUUUGAGGGCCACCGUCGGCCGGAGACUGAACGACAUCAGCAAGGAGCUGGACAUCGUGGUGCACACGCUCAGCACCUACCCGGAGCUCAACUCCUCCAUCAAGAUGGAAGUGGGGAUCGAGGACUGUCUGCAUAUAGAGUUUGAGUACAAUAAAUCCAAGUAUCACCUCAAAGACGUGAUCGUCGGGAAGAUUUACUUCCUUCUGGUGAGGAUCAAGAUCCGACACAUGGAGAUCGACAUCAUCAAGCGGGAGACAACUGGCACGGGGCCCAACGUCUACCACGAGAACGACACCGUGGCGAAGUACGAGAUCAUGGACGGCGCGCCGGUCAGAGGAGAGUCCAUUCCCAUCCGGCUGUUUCUAGCAGGCUACGACAUGACGCCCACCAUGAGGGACGUCAACAAGAAGUUCUCUGUGCGCUACUACCUCAACCUGGUCCUCAUCGAUGAGGAGGAGAGGCGCUACUUCAAACAGCAGGAGAUCACCCUGUGGAGGAAAGGCGACAUCGUGAGGAAGAGUAUGUCUCACCAGGCCAUCAUCGCCUCCCAGCGCUUUGAAGGCUCCUCCAAUCAGGAGAAGAACCACACCCAGAGCAACGAAGAGGACGACAGCUAAAGCCGCGUGUGUGUGCGUGUGUGUGCGCGUGUGCGCGCGUGUGUGUGUGAGCAAAGGAGCAAACCGUCUGACUCAAACUGUAGUUGCAAGUAAUUCUGUUUGUUUCAACCACCUUGAAUUACAAGCUGGGUGGAGUUUACCACAUUAAGAUUGCAAACUGCACAAAAUCUUCUUGAAAGUGCUUGAUUCAACUUUAAUGGCAUUUCUUCAGUAGGGUAAACUUCACCCAAUAUAUGCACUUAAAUAUAAUGUACAAAUACUGUACAUCCAAUAGCUUGUUUGUGUGUGUGAGAAGCCACCGUGGGUCCAUUUCUAAUAACCUUUCCUUCUGACUUCUCCCGCGGCUGCAAGAAAGGUUUCUAAAAACGUGGGUUGAUAAUAGAACUUACACAAUACAUUUCCAGUAGACUGUGACGUUCCUUUAUUUAACAUUCAGUGCCAUCCUCUUUGCGUUUGCUUUAAAAAAAAAUUAAAAGUAAACCUUAAUUGUAAAAACGCUCUGAAUGAAAGUAAAUGUAUUUGUAUGAGACAGAGCUAAAUUAUUUUCAUACAUUCCAAGGCUCUUGUCAGGAGGCAGUAUAUCUACAAUAUUAGCUUUUAACGCUGUCCGGCAUGUUUUAACGCCAGUGCCGCACGUUGGAAGCACCAGCGGGUCAGGGGCUCGUGCUGCUGCGGAUACCAACGUUCUCUUCCAUUGCUUCAGCCGUCUCCCACUGUCAGAAACUCUUUUUGUAGAUGCACCAUCCAUCUCAUUUAGCGUUUUGUUAUUUUAAAACUGGAUUCAUGUCAUAACAUCCACAAUGGACAGUAUUGCAGAGGCGACAUUGGUGCUUGCGAGCGCUGCUUCUUGAAGGGCCAGCUCACCCCAAAAUUCAAAGAUAUAUAUUUUUCUUACCUUGUGUAGUGCAUUUGUUCAUUGAUAAAUAUAUCAAUCUAGAUUGUUGUUGACACAGAGUUUAGGAUCAGGUGGAUUAUCUUGAGUAACCGGAUCAGUGUCUGAAAAGAUAAAUACUUUUUGAAUCGUUUGGUGGGCAUACAGUAAUAUUAUAUUGGAGAGUCCGACAUCUCUAUAACCAAUGUCUCCGACACAGAGUGACUCCCACCAAAACAAUCCAGAUUAAUAAAUAGAUCUAGAAGUAAGAGGAAGUAUGCAGUACCAUCUUUGAUCGUGAACUGUCCCCAUGACGAUCCUGUUUGGAUAGUUCGCUUUGUGCCUAAAAGUUUGUUGCCAAAAUGCUUCAGUGGAAUUCUAGAGAUGAGUUUCCAUAGUGGAAACCGUACUGCCGGCCUGCUGGACGAGCUUUCGCUUUGCAGCUACUCAGAAACUGUAGCUGUGUGUCCAUGUUGAAGUUUCAUGCUUUUGGCGACACAGGACGUCCCUCUUUCAGCAGCUGCUGUCGUGCUGAAGCGGCUUGUCCUCUGUUUGGGUCUCUGCUAGAAUGUGUGGACGCCUGACGUGCUGAUACGAGCCGAGAAGACACUUUCAUUGUGAUUCCUAUAGCUUGCCCAAGGGGUUCAACUAGAAAAAGAGAACGUGUUAUUUGUUUUGGAAUCGUUUUUUUCCCUUUGCUAAAAAUGACAAUACUCACUGCUGAGUCCUUCUUUCCCAGUCCAAAUGCAGAUAUAUUUUCAAACAUAUCAGCUUUGUGUUUUUUGCUGGAUAGGAGGGGGUUCAACUUGUGGCAGAGCAGGCUGAAAGUGUCUGAGCAUAUAUUCAGAGAUGGGGUUUAACCCCUAAUAACUAUGAGAUCCACAUCUACUGACCAUCCCGUGCCACUACGGAUCAAAAAGACGUGGAAAUGAACCCAGCGUUCUGAUCCAUGGUGCACACAACAUUUUAAAGUUUUAAAAUCUGAAUCUUUUUUUUUUUUUCUUCCUGCUGCCAAAGUGAAUCAGCAUUUUCAUGUUCAAUCUUGUCCCCAAAUCCUUGGUUUGUUUUUGUGUUUAGACGCCCGAAAUAAUGUCUACGUUUAACGCGAGCUGAAGAAAUUUUAACGUUUCAUAAAAUGAAUUUAAGUGUCUUUAAAAAGGCAGCUCUAAAUGAGAUAACUAGACGCCAUCCUGAGAACACCGGUCCUCUGUGUGAGUGGCGUUGAGGUCAUGUGACCGCGCUCCUUUAAAGCCCAACGUCAGCUGUUUACUUGUGGUUUCUGGUUUGAUGCAGAGCUGAUUUCCUGCAUUAAUCCAAUCCCUUGGCUUUCUGUGGAGGGAACCACUGUGACGCUGACUUCCUGGUUAGUCACCGUUCCUGCUUCUCUCUCAUGAGACUGACUGUUGGGUGCAAAAACACAGAAGCCAAACCAGCCCGGUUUGUGCACUGAAUUAUGAAAUGUACAGUGUAAAUGCAUCCUCCUCAGCUUUUUGUUUGUUUUAAUGUCCUGUAUGGUCUCUCUGUCUAUAAAUGUUGAUUUUAAUCAAUUUUAUAUAUUCCUGUUUUACUUUUAAUUAAAAGGGAGUAACUGAAAGGCG